CAGAGUGCGGUGCAAUCGUGCAGUAGCAAAAUGGCGGGUGUGUUGUUCGAGGAUAUUUUUAAUGUAAAAGACAUCGAUCCGGAAGGCAAAAAAUUCGACAGGGUGAGCAGACUUCAUUGUGAGUCGGAAUCCUUCAAAAUGGAUCUCAUUCUGGACAUCAACAGUUGGUUGUAUCCUAUGGAGUUAGGUGAUAAGUUUCGCCUCGUCCUGGCGACGACAUUGCGCGAGGAUGGAUAUCCCGACGGCAACGAGUGGAAUCCUUUGGAGCAGGAGGGCGGCUCCAGAGCGGAUAGCUUCGAGUACGUCAUGUCCGGCAAGGUGUACCGGAUCGAAGGCGACGAAGCCAGCAAUGAGCCCAGCAGCAGACUAUCGGCCUAUGUGUCUUUCGGAGGUCUACUCAUGAGGCUGCAGGGCGACGCGAACAAUCUGCACGGCUUCGAGAUAGAUCAACACAUGUACCUGCUAAUGAAGAAACUCGCAUUUUAAUACUUGCAAUUUUUUGAAAAUUCGACUAAGGGUUCCAUUGACAAAUAUAUCAUUUAAACAACUUUUAUACUUUCGACCGACGUAUAGAAUAGAUUUUGAUAUAAGCAAUACGAAUUUUCAACUUAUCAUUCUUCGUAAUAAUUCUAAGGUUUUUUUUUUUUUUUAAUUCAAAGAUCUAAUGAUUUAGAUUCAUUUCCUAAUUAAGAUACCAAAUGACAUGACUUCUGUCGUCGCUAGGAAAUUAAGGCAAAUAAAAAUAUUUUUGCACAUUAAAA